GGCAGCAGAUGUGUAUAAACGCGCGCGUGGUACAUUCAAGGGGAAGGAAAAAAAAAAAAAAAAAAUAUUACGAGUGAGCUCCAGUCAGUAUUCCAACUUCCUACACCUUUGAGGAAGCACUGCCAAGUGGAAAUCCACCAGCAGCAGCACCCCCCGGGAUGGCACACCACCUGUUUGGUAACUUGCAGGAGGGGGUAAAGAACAAACUCACUCGUAGCUUCCUCCCAUUGAGCAGCACCACAGCGGAGCGAGAACAACGAGCGAGUGACCCAGUUGUGCAUUGCUAAGGUAAAGCGAGGCCCACGCAGGUGAAACGUAGAAGUGAAGGAACGUUAAAUGAAAAUUAACGGGUGCACCAUUUAAGCGAAGGGAAGACACGGGGGGGGGAAAUGACGCCAGCGAGAUACCUACCAAUGUGAGAGAGCGCUCAUUUUUUCUCCCCCCCAGUCAGCUGCCUACCAACGGGGUGCCAUAACUGUGAAGGAUCUGCAUCACUUGGACGGCUUAGCUAAGGUGCCCCUCGAUGAAGUACCAAACGGGGGUGUACACAAAAAUAUGCUAUACAAGUCUCCUUCAAUUGUGGCUACCCCCCCGGAGAGCUCAUCCUUCGCAUAAAAGCUUUUAACCCACCAGCGUUCGUGAAGAGCAACCUCCUUGUGUCCGCAUCGAGUUAUAGCCCAGGUGAACAUCCCUCGAAGGAAACAAACUGACGCCGCGGUCACCAUGUGGAGGGGCACGCUCGUCAUUCUUUUGUUUGCUUUCCUCUCCUGCGGUGACCGAUUCGCUUGGGGAAGAAGGAUUUGCAACGUUCUCCAGUUCGGCUCGUAUGCCCUGGCCAGCAGCAAGGAGAAUAGGAGGCACUUCAAAUACGCGGUGGUAGGCAUAAUCGACCCCUUGGACAAAAACAAAGUCCUAUGGAGUCGGCAGAAAAGACACAGGAAAUUCAAUUUGCACAUUUUAAAAAAUCUGUAUGACAAAUUCUUUUGCAACCUUAACGACUAUGUGUAUUUGAGGCACGGGGGCGAUUUCAUUGUUCGCAUCUUUCACAUCAACUUAAAGAACACCAUCAAGUACAUGCUGAAGCACAAAGUCGUGAGUGGGACGCUGAAGGAAGACUGCAGAGGCGAUGCGAACAUUUUGUGCGUGAAGGAAAGGGGUGCGUUGUAUCGAUUUUUAAAUAACGUGAAUUUGUAG